UAUAUUACUCUACCAUAAAUAAUAAUUUAUAAAUAACCAAAUAACUGAUUGUAUUAUAGCUAUGACUAUAAGAUUUUAUGCUUAUAUAAAGCAAAUUAUCUAAAAGCAACCAUAGCCCCCAAAACUGUUCCAAUAAAAUGGCUUAAAAUGGAUAUUAGUCUACGGAUUAACAGAAGACCGUAUUUAAAGAAGUAAGUUUUCUGUUUACGAAAUUUUUUUUGUCAAUUUAUAAAUAAUGUUAUCUUUUAAGAGUUUCCCCAGAUAUGGAAGACCAUCAGGAAAUGCAACGAGAAGACGAAUGAGUCCAAAUACAAUAUUGCAACUAGAUUUCAGUGGAAAGGAAAACAGUGAAUUUCACAGUGGAAACUAUUAUAUUGCGAUUGCUACGUUGUUUCGCUCUUUUGACUUGAAUAACCCAGUGGAUGAUGUGUUGAUUGGAAACAAAUCAGUGACAGCAGUGUACAACUCGUCCAGCAAAACCUUUGAUUUUGAUUUCAGUCAUUUGGCAGUCAGGAAAAGUGGAGUGUAUUUGAUCAAAUUUGAUGUUUUCAAAGGAGAAUAUAGCAGGGACGACAGCUGUAGUCAUAUACAGAGAUACAAAGGUGUUCAUAGCAUCAUCUCGCCAGAAAUAUUGAUAACAAGCGUUGCCACUCGCCAUUAUUCGUGGAAAGCCUCUCUUCUGUACGAGCAAGAUGGAAAUAAAAGAGAAGUGGGAGUGUUUCCGAAAAACAACUAGAGUUGCUACGCAAUCCAAGGUCUCUUGUUUCUGGACAACCUACUAAAUAGAUAUAAUACAUGAUGUUUUUCAAAUUGUUU